CCGAACUGUUGUAAAUAAAGCUUUGGCAGAACGCGUGGUUGAUAAUUCUGGAAGGAGCGCUUGGUUUGAUAAAGUAGAAACACCUUUCCCCGAAGAAAAACUGUCAAUAUACUCAGCUAAACUUAUUUUUAUAUCUUUAUUCAACGUUACGGGUAUUGUGUAAACCCCGGAGAAACAUGGCAGAAAGCGACUGGGACACGGUAACUGUCUUGAGGAAGAAGGGGCCGACUGCUGCUCAGGCCAAAUCCAAGCAGGCGAUCACGGCUGCUCAGAGACGCGGGGAGGAAGUUCAAACAACCAAGAAAUGGGCUGCAGGGCAGAACAAACAGCACCUUGUGACAAAAAAUACAGCCAAACUGGACAGGGAGACAGAGGAGCUACACCAUGAUAGGGUUCCCCUGGAGGUGGGCAAGGUCAUUCAACAAGGCAGACAGGAAAAAGGCCUGACCCAGAAAGAUCUGGCCACUAAAAUUAAUGAGAAGCCUCAAGUCAUUGCUGACUAUGAGUGCGGGAGAGCAAUCCCCAACAACCAGGUCAUGGGGAAAAUAGAGAGAGCAAUUGGUCUGAAGCUGCGUGGGAAAGAUAUUGGCCAACCCCUAGAGCCAAAAUCCAAAACGAAAUGAACACAAAGCCUCGAAAUCAGCCCUCCCCGACCCCUUCUGCCAUCUGUAACUGAAACCUGAACCCCAUUCCCACCUGUGAGAACCCUGAAAAACUCUCCCUUUUUAUUCCCUGCCCAUCCCAUCCUCCCUCUGGGCUGAUCCCACCUGUGUCCUUUCUCAGGACCUGGUGUUCCACUGCAAUGCAGGCUGCAUAAUAAGUCAUCUGAAACACUCUCUCCAACACACAAAUAAAUGAAUGAUUGAAUGCGUUUUAAAGCAUCACAAAAAAAAAAAAAGUGAAAUUCUUUUCACCUACGUCUGCUUAGGCUUUGACAUGAUAAAAG